UAUACAUGUGAAUCCUGACCUCUUUCAUCUCGAUCUUGUCUAACGGCAGGAUGAUGUUCAGACUUCUGCUGCUCCUCUGCCUUGGUCACUGUCUCCCUGCUGUCUUAGGGGUGGACUCAUGUAUUGGGACUCGUAUUGACGCUCAUAUUGAAGGCAAUGCCAUGCUGCCCUGUAAUGGAUCAGCAGUUACGGACAUGAACAACAUUCUGUGGCUGUUUAAUGGUGUAUGGUUCGGUUAUAUUGAAAAUGGGGAAUGGAAGGCAGAUCCCCGCUAUACGCUACCAUCUAUCGAACAAAAAAACUUCUCUUUGGUCAUAAAUCGUGUGAAAGAAAAGGAUGGAGGGAAAUACACAUGUCGAAACGAUAUUAAGGAUCAAAUCAUUUGCCUUAGUGUUACAGAAAGCCAGACGCAAACUCCAGUCACCCCGACUAAAGGUGUGUCUACAGGAGGCUGGAAUCAAACAGUUUCAGUUCUCCCAACUCCAGUGCCUCCUCCACCAGCAGUGAUUGUGGUGAUUGUGUUGGUUGUGCUGGUUGUGGCGGCCGUGGGGGCUGCAGUUUUGAUCAAAUUAUGGCAGAAACACCAAACAGAUGAAAAUCCGACUGACUGUAUCCAGUUUUUUCAUGCCUGUGGAAAAGAAGGUGAAAAGAACAGAGGAAAAAAUCUGCCUGAUCCAGGACCAUCUGAAGAUGCCCUGAUUUAAUGGUGCCUCUGUCAGUGCUGGGGAUAGCAGUGCUGAUAAGAAGAUGGAGGAACCAGCUGUGUGAUAAAAAACAGGCUGAAUAAUAAAUUUCAUAAUUGCUUGUCACAUAUAUAUAUAUGAAAUGUGAUGAUAUACUUCAAUCUGCUUUCCAAUUUUGACUCUGAUAUAUCCUGCUUAAUACAUGAGUAUAAUGCUAAAUUUAAUAGGGCUGGGACUAUUGAUAAGGUAUAUAAAAUCAAUAAAUGCUAUAACUGUCCAUAGGUAACAGCCAUAAGCGUUCGGUGCAGUGACCCGUUACCCAUAAACUCCUAACAGACAUGCCCACAUUGUGAGUACCGGUGGUGUAAAUGCAUACCGGCCUUAAAACGCCUUCUGAAGUGGGACAGUGUUUUCAUAAGUCUGAGGACCAGAAAACAAGCUGUUUGCCAGCAACGUCAGAAGAGUUUUCCCUUUUCCGGCAACCUCUCAUCAGUCCUGAUCUCGAACCCACAGGGUCGGCAACACAACAGCACACGGCAUCUAGGGAAAAGGUCAGCCCACUCCGUAUUAAAGUCCGGGCUGCUGUGGUGGAUGGCGUACCUAUUAACAUAGUUGAGAGAGUCAUUUAAUAAAGUAAACAGACUGUCAGCAGCUGUGUAUAGAUAGUGUGGGAAAGACCAAGCAAAUGUGAGUAGUAAAUGAGAUGUAAAUAUAUUAAAUACUGAAAUGUACCAUGAAUGGAGGAAACUGUUACAUUUCUUUUCAAACUAUCAAAAGUAAUGUUACUUUUACUUUUCAAGACACCCAAAGUGCUUUGUAGAACCACGACCACUGUGUAGCCCCCACCUGGAUGAUGUGACGGCAGCUAUUCUGCACCAGUACGCUCACCGCAGUGGUUAAGAGGCAGAAGAGAAUUCACCAAUUAGAAAUAGGGGAUGACUAGGAAACCAGAUUUCCUAGUUGGUCUCCCACCCAAGUAGUGGCCAGGCCCAAACCUGCUCAGCUUCAGAUGGAUUACCUAGUCAGAACCACAGCUGGUGGUAAUAUUAAUAAUAAUAUAAUAAAAAAAUGUUUUGAUGUUAUUUUCUUAUGAUUUUUCUAAAUUUGUCCCAGCUCUAAAGUACCACUUCUUGUCUUGGAAGCUGAGUGGGUCUCAUUGUACAGCAGAGUUGUGUGUCUGAUUCCCACCUCCCCCUCAUGUUUGGGGUGGGGGGGGGGUUAUGUAUAUAGUAUGCUGUGAUGAAAACCUGUUAUUUUGAUGUUGUGGGGACCAAUUUGUGACUGCAAUCAAAUAACCAAAAGUCUUCUAUUUUGCUUGGUUACUUAUGGCUAAGGUUAGGGCUGAGUAGGGGUUAAGGUUGUCAUUGUUGGGAUUAGGGUUUUGCCCAUAGUAAUGAAUGGACUGUGUCCCCACAAAGGUAUAAAUACAAACGUGUGUUUGUGGUCAUGUAUGUAUCACAUUGGCAAAAACAAUCAACUAGUUCUUAUGUUCUUAACUCAGAAUGUGAUAAAAACCUUUCUGAUUUCUGCCUUAUUACCCAACUGAAAAAUGUACUUAUGCAGAUUUAUACAAUAAGCUCUGUGUUUUGAAUUUCA